UCAAAUGAAAACUCCCAAAAUAAAUUAAGAUUAAAUCCUGCACACUUCUUCCACACUUCUCCCACCUUUCAAUUUCUAUUUCAUAUAUAUCUCUCCGUAAUCAAAUCAAAAAUUUCAACCCAAUUUUUCAACUUCUCUUCUUUUCUCCUAAAAGAAAAAGAAAUUCAAGCUUUUUAAUAGCCUUUGCAUGGCGGAUAAUCCAAACGACGCCACAUCUGAUCCCGAUAUGUCGUUUUUGGGUCUCAGUAGAGAAAUGGAGAUGUCGGCCAUCGUCUCCGCUUUGACCCACGUCGUCGCCGGCGACGUGCCGGAGACACACCCUUAUCACUCUGCUUCAGCUUCAGCCCCUUACGGCGGCGGAGGAUUCAAGAGAGGACGUGCCCCGCCGCUGGACGACGGCGCCUCCGUUUCGACGCUGUUUCCACCUUUUGGCGGCUUCUCCCAUGGCGGAGAUUCAAGCAAUGCAGUGAUUAUAAGACCCCAAAUAGGGACGGCGGCGGGGGCGAAUUCUGUGUAUGAGUACGGCGGAGAGAUUCCAAGCACGGCGGAGCAAGCACCGGCGAGGAGAAAAUACAGGGGAGUGAGACAGAGGCCAUGGGGGAAAUGGGCCGCCGAGAUCAGAGACCCGUACAAGGCGGCCAGAGUUUGGUUAGGUACUUUCGACACGGCGGAAUCCGCCGCCCGAGCUUACGACGAAGCCGCCCUCCGCUUCCGUGGCAGUAAAGCCAAACUUAAUUUCCCGGAAAAUGUCCGGCUCCGGCCGCUUCCGGCCACCGAAUCACCGGCGACCCAUUUAAGCAAUCCCGAUUCCACGAACACCCUUUUCGCAAUUCCGACCAAUUCCGAACCGAUCGUCCAUUCUGAGCAAAUUCAUAGCUUGCAGAGAUUUUCCGAUGCCUCGUCGGUGAACUUCCUCCAUUACUCCGGCGUUCAAUUGCAGCCGCCGAUGGACGUGUACAGUGAAAUUAACCUGUCAUCUUCAUCAAUGGCUUCUCCUUUUCAUUCUUCUUCCGCCGGACUGUCGAAUUCUCAGCUCUCGUCGGCGUCUUCUUCCUCGCCAGUAGUUUCUCUCCCGCCUCAGUGCUUUACCAGUCGUCGGAGCGGCGGCGACGAAGACGGUGAACAUUAUUCGAUUUCAGAGUGGUCUGAAUUUUUGAAUCGUGCUGCUUCAUCGGGAUGAUUGCGUUAUUUGUUUUUGGUUUUCAGGUAGAAUAGAAUUAGGAAAUUGAAUCUGGCAGGGUUGAUAAUUGUUGAUUUUUUUUUUGUCUACCUAAUUUUUGGUGUGGAAAACUAUUGCUCUACGGUAUAAUUUGAUGAGAAUUGGUUUUGAGAUACAGUUUCAAA